AUGAAGGGAAUACUACGAUUUGGAAAGAAAGGGAAGCUAAGCCCUAGAUUUAUCAGUCCAUUUGAGAUUCUUGAAAAGAUUGGGAAUGUGGCAUAUCAAUUAGCAUUACCACCCGAGCUUUCAACAGUGCACAACGUAUUUCACAUUUCUAUGUUGAGAAAGUACAUUCCGGAUCCUAAUCAUGUGAUGAAUGUUCAAUCACUGAAUGUCCAGAGUGAUAUGACUUAUGAGGAAGCCCCUGCAAUGACUCUGGAGAGAAAGGACUAUGUCCUGAGAAAUCGAAAAGUCCCACUAGUUAAAGUCCAGUGGAGUAAACAUGGUGAGAAUGAGGCUACUUGGGAACGAGAAGACGACAUUUUAGCCAAGUACCCGGAUCUCCUUAAAACAAGAUUUCUUCUAAAAUGGGGACAUGAGAUUGAUUGGGAACUUUCCGAGACCGCUAGCACAGUAUCACCUGUUCAACAAAUUCUGGGGGCAGAUGGUAAAUCUACGUGGAUCGUUAAAUCACUCCAAAUGAUGAGUUAA